CGACGACAAAUCUUCGGAUCGGCCAGAAUCUACGACUCACUCUCUAUUUUACAAUCCGCUAAUCCCAUCGUCGGCGUCGCGAUCAUGGGUGACAUUUUAGUAGAAAACCCAGCUAAUAGCGUGGCACCAUUUAACAAGCCCAUCCCGUCAACCAUCCCGAACGUCGAGAGUAUUGAGGGCAUACCUGCGCAGGGCGGAGAUGAAUAUGCAGUGUUAAAAAAGCUACAAGGGCACCUGGAAUAUAUCCAGUUACAGGAGGAAUACAUCAAGGAUGAGCAAAGGAGCUUAAAACGCGAACUUGUCCGGGCACAGGAGGAAAUCAAGAGAAUUCAGAGUGUGCCGCUAGUUAUUGGCCAAUUUAUGGAGGCUAUUGACCAGAAUACCGGAAUAGUCCAGUCUAGCACAGGAUCCAACUAUGUCGUCCGUAUCCUAUCCACUCUCGACCGUGAGAAGCUCAAGCCCUCGUCCUCCGUCGCCCUUCACCGGCACUCCAAUGCCCUCGUCGAUAUCCUACCCCCCGAGGCCGACUCCUCUAUCGCCAUGCUCGGUGCCGAUGAGAAGCCGGACGUGACGUACGCUGAUGUCGGUGGCCUCGACAUGCAGAAGCAAGAGAUCCGCGAAGCCGUCGAGUUACCCUUAACCCACUUCGACCUCUACAAGCAGAUCGGUAUCGACCCUCCGCGCGGUGUCCUGCUUUACGGCCCCCCCGGUACGGGAAAGACUAUGCUUGUCAAGGCCGUCGCGAACUCCACAACCGCCAACUUUAUCCGAGUCGUUGGCUCCGAGUUCGUCCAGAAGUACCUAGGUGAGGGUCCUCGUAUGGUCCGUGACGUCUUCCGCAUGGCCCGCGAGAACUCACCCGCCAUCAUCUUCAUCGACGAGAUCGACGCCAUCGCCACCAAACGUUUCGACGCCCAGACCGGUGCCGACCGUGAGGUCCAACGUAUCCUACUAGAGCUGCUCAACCAAAUGGACGGUUUUGAUCAAACUUCCAACGUCAAGGUCAUUAUGGCCACGAACCGCGCCGAUACCCUAGAUCCUGCGCUCCUGCGACCCGGUCGUCUCGAUCGAAAGAUCGAAUUCCCUAGCUUGCGUGAUCGCCGCGAGCGUCGUCUUAUCUUCGGUACCAUCGCCAGCAAAAUGAGCCUCGCCCCCGAGGUCGAUCUAGACAGUCUUAUCGUCCGCAACGAUCCCCUUAGCGGCGCCGUCAUUGCUGCUAUCAUGCAAGAGGCCGGUCUCCGUGCCGUCCGCAAGAACCGCUACAAUAUCAUCCAGUCCGACCUUGAAGACGCCUACUCCAGUCAAGUCAAAGGAACAAGUGAUGAGAACAAGUUCGACUUCUACAAAUAGACGGGAAAGGCCUGGUAGCUUGACGUGGUUUGCCCCGAGUUCUUGGGAGAGUGGAAGCCGAGUAAGGAAUAAGGGAAUCCGCACCUUCAUCUGCGGCGGAUACGCUUUGGUCUUGCGAUAGGAAUUCCGUGCAAAUAGAGGGUGCCCCUAGAAGCCGUGACGUGAUGGGGUUGGCUAAAUGUAACACUAUCAUAGCAAUGCGACUAAACAAACUAAUUACGUGCUUCCCUUUGCAGUACCAGAUUUGGAAGGGAGUUUCACGAAGC